AUGCGAUCCCUGAAUAUUACGCCGGAACAGUUCGCGCAGCUCUUGCGCAACAACAACAUAACCCGCGAGCAGUUCAUCGCGCUCUAUGGGCUCCAGCCUCUGGUCUACAUCCCGGAGUUACCUGAGCGCGCCAAGCUGGCCUUCGUGCUCACUUGCGCGGCCAUCUUCGGCCUGGCGCUCUUUGGGAACUGCCUGGUGCUCUACGUGGUGACCCGCCGCAAAGCCAUGCGGACCGUCACCAACAUCUUCAUCUGUUCGCUGGCUCUCAGCGACUUGCUCAUUGCUUUCUUCUGCGUUCCUUUCACUUUGCUGCAGAAUAUCUUCAAUAAUUGGCUGGGAGGUGCUUUUGCUUGCAAGAUGGUGCCAUUUGUGCAAUCUACUGCAAUAGUUACUGAGAUACUUACAAUGACUUGCAUUGCUCUAGAAAGGCAUAAUGGCAUUGUUCACCCUCUAAAAAUGAAAUGGCAGUAUACCCACAGAAGAGCAUAUACAAUAUUGGGCAUUGUUUGGCUGUUGGCUGCUGCUGUUGGCUCACCAAUGUGGCAUGUACAAAGAGUGGAGAACAAAUAUGACUUCCUUUAUGAAAAGAAAUAUGUUUGCUGCUUGGAAGAAUGGCCAAGUCCUGUCCACCAAAAAAUUUAUGCCACUUUCAUUUUGGUCAUUCUUUUCCUUCUCCCAUUGAUGCUAAUGCUAUUGCUUUAUAGCAAGAUUGGUUAUGAGCUCUGGAUUAAGAAAAGAGUUGGAGAUGCUUCUGUUCUCAGGAGCAUUCAUGCAAGUGAGAUGUCUAAAAUUUCUCGAAAGAAGAAGCGAGCAAUUGUGAUGAUGGUGACUGUUGUGGUUUUGUUUGCUAUUUGUUGGACACCCUUCCAUGUAAUGCACAUGUUAAUAGAAUACAGUAAUUUUGAAAGAGAAUAUGAUGAUGUCACUAUUAAGAUGAUAUUUGGAAUUGUGCAGGUAAUCGGAUUUGCUAAUUCCAUUUGCAAUCCCAUUGUAUACGCCUUUAUGAAUGAGAACUUCAAGAAGAACUUCCUCUCUGCACUUUGCUUUUGCAUUAUGAAAGAAAAGUUGUCUCCAUUCAGACAUCACAAAAACUUAAAAAUCACAACGAUGCAGCAUGAGGAAAGGGCCUGUAGAAGAGAGUUGGUCUCCCUGGAAGAGACUAGAAGAGAAGCAUUCAGUGAAGGGAACAUUGAAGUAAAAUUAUGUGAUCGAUCCUUUCCUAACAAGACCUCUAGAAGACAUCUGGCAUUGUUCUCAUCAGAAUUCACUGGGCACACUUCACUGGAAUCCUAGCAAGAAUGGUUCUUCGUGUUCCAAUAUUUGGCAAUGGUUUUUCAAAUAUUGUAUUUAAAAUGCUUUGCUUAAUAUAUACAACAAAGAUGUUUUGUGUUUGCCUCAAUUGAGGCUCGUAGCUAUUAGGUUUAGAUAUGGUCAUCACCGCAUUACACAAACAGCCCACACUGGUUGAUUUUCAUUGCCUGAGACUGUUUUCUUUUUCCACCUUUUUUUAAAAAAAAAAGUUUUAUGUUGCUUUAUCUUCUGUUUUAUUGUGUGUUUUUAGUACAAGAAAUUAAUCCUUGCCCUGCCAGAUGAACUAUGUUUAGACUAAUGUGUUCCCUUGUUGCCAAUUAGUGUAAUAGUAAAAAAAAUCACAAACCUGUGAUCAUGAAUCACAGCCAUGCAGCUAUUUGAUAUCAUAAUAAUCAGUAUUUGGUUAUUUUUUUAAAUAACUUAAUGUCUCCAUCUUGAAUAACAAAGGAAAAAACCCUAGAAACUUAUUUUCUACAUAAAAA